ACAAACAGGGGACUGGGAGACUAAUAAAACCCUAGUUUGGGGAAGAAAUCCUAAAUCUUCUCCCGCUGGCACGCUGGGACGCCGUCAUUCGGAGGGCUCUCUGGGCGCCCGUUAGGGUUUCUAUCCCCAAUUCACCGUAUUCAUGGUAUUGGAGGCUUCGGUUCUCAGGGAGUAGCGAGAUGGCCGAGGGUGGAAGAAGUUUCGCGAGGAGGGAUCUGUUGCUGAAGAUACAAGCAGAGGUGCAAAAGAGAUGGGAAGAGAGCGAUGUGUUUCGCGCUGAGGCUAGUUCACAGCCGCCUGAGCCGGGUGAAAAAUUUUUCGGCAAUUUCCCUUAUCCUUAUAUGAAUGGUUCUUUGCAUUUGGGUCAUGCAUUUUCCCUGUCGAAACUCGAGUUUGCUGCUGCUUAUCAUAGGUUGAGGGGAAGUAAUGUUCUUCUUCCUUUUGCAUUUCACUGCACUGGAAUGCCCAUUAAGGCUUCUGCUGAUAAGAUCAAGCGGGAGAUUGAACGGUUCGGGAAUCCACCAGUGUUCUCUACCGUGGAAGAGGAAGAAGGCGAUGAACAGAAUGAUGAAGGCAAGCCUGAGGAGGAAAGUGUGGGUCAAAAUCCUCCAGACAAAUUCAAGAGUAAGCGGUCUAAAGCAGCGGCAAAGUCAGGUGGUGAUAAGUUUCAGUGGGAUAUCAUGAAGAGUUUUGGGCUUUCUGACAGUGAGAUUGCGAAAUUUAGCGACCCAUACCAUUGGUUGACUCACUUUCCUCCUCUAGCAAUGGAGGACCUCAAGGCCUUUGGACUUGGCUGUGAUUGGCGGCGUUCCUUCAUCACCACUGACAUGAACCCUUACUACGAUUCAUUUGUUAGGUGGCAGAUGAGAAAAUUGAAGAAUGCAGGAAAGAUAGUGAAGGACAUGAGGUACACCAUCUACUCUCCUCUAGAUGGUCAGCCCUGUGCAGACCACGAUAGGGCUUCUGGCGAGGGUGUUCAGCCACAGGAAUACACACUGAUAAAAAUGGAGGUGAUUCCUCCCUUCACUGGAAAAUUGAAAACUCUGGAAGGGAGGAAGGUUUUCCUUGCUGCUGCAACAUUGAGACCUGAGACCAUGUAUGGGCAGACAAAUUCUUGGGUCUUGCCAGAUGGAAAGUAUGGUGCUUUUGAGAUCAAUGAAACUGAUGUUUUCAUCAUCACUAGGAGAGCAGCCGUUAAUUUGGCAUAUCAGAAACUGUCUAAGGUUGAUGAGAAGCCAACCUGUUUAGUUGAAUUAACUGGGCAUGAUUUGAUUGGUCUUCCGCUAAAAUCUCCUCUUUCAUUCAAUAAAAUCAUAUAUGCCCUUCCCAUGUUGACGAUUCUCACAGACAAGGGGACUGGGAUAGUUACAAGCGUGCCAAGUGAUGCACCUGACGAUUAUAUGGCUUUGCAUGACUUAAAAUCAAAGCCAGCUCUUAGGGCUAAAUUUGGUGUGAAGGAUGAAUGGGUGCUACCAUUUGAGGUGAUACCAAUCAUCAAUAUUCCAGAAUUUGGUGAUAAAUCUGCAGAGAAAGUGUGCACCGACUUGAAAAUAAAGAGCCAAAAUGACAAGGACAAGCUUGCUGAAGCGAAGAGAUUGACUUACCUGAAGGGCUUCACUGAAGGAACAAUGCUUGUUGGAGAUUUCAAGGACAAGAAGGUUCAAGAAGCCAAACCUCUAAUAAGGAACAUACUUCUGAAGACAGGUCAAGCUGUGAUGUACAGUGAACCUGAGAAAAAGGUUAUGUCAAGGUCUGGUGAUGAGUGUGUGGUUGCUCUUACUGAUCAGUGGUAUAUCACUUACGGGGAGGAUGAGUGGAAGGCAAAGGCUGAGGAGUGUUUGGCUGGAAUGGAACUUUAUUACGAUGAGGCUAGGCAUGGAUUUGAACAUACAUUGAGCUGGCUUACACAAUGGGCGUGCUCUCGUUCAUUUGGACUGGGAACCCGUCUUCCUUGGGACGAACAGUUUCUCGUUGAAUCGUUAUCAGAUUCUACACUUUACAUGGCUUAUUACACCAUUUCUCAUCUUCUGCAGAAUGGGGACAUGUAUGGAAAGGCUGAAUCAGCACAAGUUAGGCCAGAACAGUUGACAGAUGAAGUAUGGGACUACAUAUUCUCGGAUGGUGAAAUUCCAAACAACUCGGGGAUUCCUUCGGCCCUUCUUGACAAAAUGAAGCAGGAGUUCAGGUACUGGUAUCCCUUUGAUUUGCGAGUGUCUGGAAAAGACCUUAUCCAGAACCACUUGACAUUCUGUAUCUACAACCAUACAGCACUUUUGCCCAAAAAGUUGUGGCCUCGCUCUUUCAGAUGCAAUGGGCAUAUCAUGCUCAACUCUGAAAAGAUGUCCAAGUCUACAGGCAAUUUUAGGACCUUGCGGCAGGCCAUAGAAGAAUUUUCUGCUGAUGCCACUAGGUUUGCUCUGGCUGAUGCUGGGGAUGGGAUGGAUGACGCCAAUUUUGUUUUUGAAACAGCAAAUGCUGCCAUUUUGCGUCUCACAAAAGAAAUCACUUGGAUGGAAGAAGUACUGGCUGCAGAGUCGUUGCUGAGAGAAGGUCCAGCGUCCUGCUAUGCAGACCAUGUCUUUGAUAACGAAAUCAAUAUUGCCAUCAAGCUGACUGAGCAAAGUUACAAGUCCAUGCUGUUUAGGGAGGCAUUGAAGACUGGCUUCUAUGAUCUGCAAGCUGCACGGGAUGAGUACAGGUUUUCUUGUAGUGCUGGAGGCAUGAACCGUGCUCUGGUAUGGCGUUUUAUGGAUGUGCAGACCAGGUUGAUAUCUCCCAUCUGCCCACACUAUGCAGAGCACGUCUGGAAGGCGCUCUUGAAGAAAGACGGUUUUGUCAUAAAUUCUGGUUGGCCUGUGGGUGAGGCUCCCAAUCUCACUCUUAAGCGAGCUAAUAGAUAUUUGCAAGAUCUUAUUGUUUCAAUGAGAAAGCUUCUUCAGAAGCAGGUUUCUGGUCCAAAGAAGGCCAAAAAGGGGAUUCAGGUUGCCCAAACGAUAGCAGAAGAGAACAAGCUGACUGUGGGACUGAUGUUUGUGACUGAACAAUACGAAGGUUGGAAAGAGGAGUGCUUGAAGGUACUGCAAAACAACUAUGACAAAGAUCGCCGUGCUUUUGCCGCAGACCAACAGAUUCUUGAAGCUUUAAAGGCAAGUCCAAUUGGGCGAGCGACAAAUUUUAAGGAGAUACAGAAGCAGUGUAUGCCCUUCUUGAAAUUCAAAAAAGAUGAGGUACUUGCUGUUGGUCUUCAGGCGCUUGAUUUGAAGCUGCCUUUUAACGAGAUAGAGGUCCUCCAGGAAAAUAUUGAGUUGAUAAAGAGGCAGCUUGGCCUUGAGCACGUUGAAGUAUUUUCAAUGUCAGAUAGGAAUUUUACACCUAGAAUGGAAUCGCUGCUUCAGAAGAUGGUUCCUCCAUCCCCAGGAAAUCCAGUUACCAUCUUUCUUACAAAGUCGGAGUUUCAGCAACACAUGAAUAGAGAAAUUUUGGAGAACCUUGAGAUAUAGUUUUCUUCUAUAUUUUUAUCUGUUUUAUUGAAGCUUAUUGUGUCUAACUGAAAAUGUUCCUUUAUUGUGGAAUACCUUUUUUGCUUCAUUUGUUUUGACAUUAUCAUUUUUCCGUCUACCAGUGUGAUGAUUCUGAUGUUUGUAAUUUUGAUAAAAGCUUGAAUAAUCAUGUUUCGUUGUAAUGUGCUGGUGUAGUGAGCAAGCUCAUAUUGAAAAUAUUUGUUUUCACUGA